GAACUGACUGGGCUGGCUCAGUCUCAGAGUGGAACGCAAACGGAGAAUACACAUCCGUCCGGGUGCACGGUGUUACGGUACGAAAAACGCCUAACGUGGCUAAAUUUGAGGUCACGCAACACUUAUCAAACGCGCAUUAGAAGCGUCUUCACAGUGAUAAAGUGUAUUUUUCCGGUGUUAUCGUAAUAGCGAAGGCGAUCGAUCGUGUGUGUGAAUAUUGUAAAGUUUUUACGCUCUUUCGCAACGUGUGUGCAUUCGGAUGAAAAUUACCGUCGGAACAAGUGCAACUGUGAUCAUGAGUGAAAAUAUGAUAAUUUUUACUACUCGUGGUUGAAUUUCAAAAGAUACAUCGAAAACUAAAAUGACAGUGAAAUAACGGGUGUCAGUGAUCGUGCACAGUAGUGUCUUUGUUCGUAGUGCGUCUGCUUUUAUGGUGAUUGUGUGCGAGUGCAAAAUGCCGUCGGUAAAAGCAUAAACCUUACGGUUUACCUUUCACGCUUAAAUCUUUUCCUCUGCGCUAGACAACAAGAAAGCUUUGUGAUAUCUGAUGCAAUUAGUGUCAAGUUGUGCUGUGCUAUUUUGAUCCGUGUGUCUUGAUAAUAUGACAAGCUGGUGCAAACCAUGUGAGAGAAAGUAUUGUGUAAAAUGCGUGCAUUUUUAAUGCAGAGAGAAAACUUCGUCUAUCGUCGCGGUAAAGUUGAGCAAAAAGUGUUUCCAAGCAUCAAUGUGCAACGCUCUAAAGCCUACCGUCAUACGUGAGCUUCAGUUUCGUGAACAACCGUUUAGUGCGCACGGGAGGGAAAUAUGUUAAUCCCUACGAAUGUGGUGUGAAAACGCAAACCGUAUCGCAGCAGAGUGGAUUAACAGCAGUGUUUUAAUUAAAAACAUGAGUAUCAAGCGCUUAUCGCCGUCUUAUCGUGCGUAGUGCGUGUGUCUAGUGCGUGUGUGUGUGCCUGCCUGAAGGGUGGUGGCGAUCGAUCAUCACUCGAUUUUAUUGCUUGCGCUAUCUUGACUGGCCGAGCGGUGGCGUGAGACGCGCGGUGGUUCCGCGCGUGUCCAUGCUAUUGUGUUUGUGGUGUGAACAUACGCAAGCAAAGGCAGCGCGUCAAGAUGCGUCCCUCGCCGGCACUGUUGACGGUGCUGUUUGGCACCAUAUUCGGUGUGUUUGGCGCUUCGCUCAGCAAAUCGCUCGUCAGCCAGGCGCCCGACGAGUGCCGCUGGGAUGGCUACACCGAGGACGAUUUGACGCUGCUGUGCCGGCUAAGGACUAUCAACAGUGAGCUGGAAAACACGAACUUUAGCGUGCUGCAUCCGGAAAACACCGUCCGGCUGCGGUUACAGUGCAACGAUGGGCUGUUUUUCCAGAGCAGCCUCAGCCCGGGCAGCUUCAAGCAGCUCACCAAGCUGCACGCGCUGUCGAUCGAGUACUGCAAAAUAGCGAACCUCAGCGAGGGCUCCUUUCAGGGGCUGAAGCAGCUCGUCAACCUGACGCUGCGCACGCACAACACCGACUGGUCCUCGAUCAGCCUGGACAUUGCACCGCAGGUGUUCACCAGCGAGCUGGCCAAGCUGCAACGGCUCGACCUGAGCCAGAACAAUAUGUGGAGCGUGCCGGACGGGUUCAUCUGUCCGCUGGCGCGGCUCAGCUAUAUUAACCUCACGCAGAACCGCCUGCGUGACCUGUCCGUGUUCCACUUUAGCGCCUCGUUAAGCACGCGGCUGUCGAAAAAGUGUGGCAGCUCGAUCGUUACGCUCGAUUUGUCGCACAACACGAUCGACAAUCUGCCGCCUGCCAUAUUUUCCGGCCUCGGAAAGCUCACCGAUCUGCGGCUACAGAGCAACGGGCUCAACUACAUCGCCGACAGGGCGUUCGAGGGGCUGGUGUCGCUGUCCCGGCUGGAGCUUUCGCUUAACCGGCUCACCAACCUGCCUCCGGAGCUGUUCUCCGAAGCAAAGCACAUUAAAGAGAUUUACCUGCAGAACAACAGCCUGAACGUGCUGGCUCCCGGCAUUUUCAGUGACCUCAAGCAACUGCUCGUGCUCGAUCUGUCCAACAACGAGCUCACGUCCGAGUGGAUCAAUCCCGCCACCUUCCGGGGGUUGUCCAAGCUCAUCCUACUCGAUCUUUCAAACAACAAAAUAACGAAGCUCGAGCCCACGAUCUUCCGCGAUCUGACCAGCGUGCAGGUGUUGCGCUUGCAGGAAAACUUCAUCGAAAGCAUCGGCGAAAACACCUUCCUGGGGCUGGGCGCGUUACACACCGUCAUCCUGUCCAACAAUCGUCUGUGCACGGUCGAUCACUUUACCUUCAGCGGGCUCAACAGUUUGGCGCUGCUUUCACUCGACUACAAUCGCAUUUCACGCAUCGAUCGGCAGGCGUUGCGCAAUCACUCCGCCCUGCAAGAGCUGCACUUAAACGGCAACAAGCUGCUGCAGGUACCGGACGCACUGUACGACGUGCCGCUGCUUCGCACGCUCGAUCUGGGGGAAAAUCACAUCUCCAACAUCGAUAAUGCGAGCUUCCGGCACAUGGCUCACCUGUACGGGUUGCGGCUGACCGAAAACAACAUCGAAAUCAUCCGGCGCGGCACGUUCGAGGCGAUGAAAUCACUGCACAUCCUAAAUCUGUCUCAAAACCGGCUGAAAACGGUCGAGCAGGCGUCCUUUGACAACAACACCAAGCUGCAAGCGAUCCGGCUCGACGGCAACUAUCUCACGGACAUUGCCGGCCUGUUCACCAAGCUGCCCAAUCUGCUGUGGCUGAACAUCAGCGACAACCAUCUGGAGGUGUUCGAUUACGCGCUCAUCCCCACCGGGCUGCAGUGGUUGGACAUUCACGCGAACAAAAUCACCGAGCUGGGGAACUACUUCGAGAUUGAGUCACAGCUAGCGCUCAGCACGAUUGACGCCAGCUCGAAUCAGCUCACCGAGAUCACCGGAAGCGCGAUACCGAACAGCGUGGAGCUGCUGUACCUCAACGACAACCUUAUCUCGAAGGUGCAAUCGUACACCUUCUUCAAGAAGCCCAACCUGACCCGGGUCGACCUGUUCGGCAACAAGAUCACCACGCUCGAUCCGAACGCGCUGCGCAUAUCGGCCGUGCCGGAUGACCGGCCGCUGCCCGAGUUCUACAUCGGCGGCAACCCGUACCAGUGCGAUUGCAAUCUGAACUGGCUGCAGAAAAGCAACAUCGAUUCGCGGACCCAGCCCCGGCUGAUGGAUCUCGAUAGCAUCUACUGCAAGCUGCUGUACAACCGCGGCCGCACGUACGUCCCGCUCGUCGAGGCGCUGCCAAAUCAGUUCCUCUGCAAGUACGACACGCACUGCUUCGCGCUCUGUCACUGCUGUGACUUUUACGCCUGCGACUGCAAGAUGGAGUGUCCGAAGCAGUGCACCUGCUACCACGACCAGAGCUGGAGCUCGAACGUGGUCGACUGCUCGCGGGCCGGCUACGACGAUCGGCUGCCCGAUCAGAUCCCGAUGGAUUCGACGCAGAUCUAUCUUGAUGGGAACAAUUUCCGGUCGCUCAGCAGCCAUGCCUUUCUGGGCCGCAAGCGGCUCAAGAUUCUCUUUCUCAACGGCUCCAACGUCGAGACGGUGAGCAAUCGAACGUUUUACGGCCUGAAAGAGCUCGAAAUUUUGCAGCUCGAUCACAAUCUGCUCACCGCACUCAACGGGUUCGAGUUCGAGGGGCUCGACAGCCUCAAGGAGCUGUUCCUGCAGUACAAUCGCAUAGCGUCGAUCGCCAAUCACACGUUCGAUCAUUUGCACGGUCUGAAGAUCCUGCGCCUCGAUCACAAUCGCCUGGUGGAAUUUAACGUUUGGCUGUUGCCGAAGCAGCUGAACGAUAUCAGGCUCGCGUUCAAUGCCUGGUCCUGCGAGUGCGAUUACGUUACGCGCUUCCAGGAGUAUCUGAAGACGUACGAUUUUGUGCGCGAUCGGCACAAGAUAAGAUGCGCAUCGUACGUUUCCAGCAAUGCCACCAUCGCCCCAGCAACACAGCCAGCCGAUGCGAGCCAGGCCAGUCCGGCCGAAGAGCCGCUACCCGAUGGUGCCGGCACCGGUGACUUCCUGGUGUAUUACGAUAACAGCUCCACGCUCUGCACCGGUGCCAUCCCGCUGGAGAAUGUGAUCAACGGAAAUUUGACCUCGCGAAAAACCAUCCUCUCGCCGCAACCGAUCGAGGGCUACAUUCCGUUACUGGUAACCGGUCUUUUCGGGUUUUCUUUGGUGAUCAUUCUGACGCUGGUGCUGUUCGUGUUCCGGCAGGAAAUGCGGGUCUGGUUUCACUCCAAGUUCGGUGUGCGCCUGUUCUACCGCAACGCCGAUAUCGACAAAAACGAGCGCGACAAGCUGUUCGAUGCGUUCAUUUCGUACAGCUCGAAGGACGAAGCGUUCGUCGCGGAGGAGCUCGCGCCGAUGCUCGAGAACGAGGACCCGUCCUAUAAAUUGUGUCUCCACUAUCGGGACUUUCCCGUCGGUGCGUACAUCGCCGAUAACAUCCUGCAGGCGGUGGAAUCGUCGCGCCGUACCAUCAUGGUGCUUUCCGAGAACUUUAUCAAAUCCGAAUGGUGCCGGUUCGAGUUCAAAUCGGCCCACCAUCAGGUACUGCGCGACCGGCGACGCCGCCUGAUCGUCAUACUGCUCGGCGAGGUGCCGCAGAAGGAUCUCGAUCCCGACAUUCGGCUGUACCUGAAGACCAACACGUACCUCCAGUGGGGUGACAAACUGUUCUGGGAGAAGCUCCGGUUCGCGCUGCCCGACGUGCCCAACAAUCAGCGCCGACAGCACCAGCCGAACAUCUCGCUCACACACUCGAACGUGCGCAACAGCUAUCAGCUUACCCGUGUGGCACCGAGUAAUCGAACCAACAAUCAGCUCACCGCCCAGCAUCAGGAUCCUCGGGGACCACAGGGACGAUCCACGGACUAUCAUGCGACGCAGCAACCGCUGCCACUGCCGGGUCUUGCGUCGGAAAUGCAACCGCAACAACUGCACAGCAGCCAACAACAGCAGCAGCAGCAGCAACAACAGCAGCAACAACAGCAGCAACAACAGCAGCAACAGCAACAGCAACAGCAGCAGCAUCAACCACCGUCCACACAAGCGCAAUUAAGGCCUUCUGCUCCGCUGAACACAUCCCCCCGAACAGUUGGCAUUCACAUUUAAAAGCCCAUUAGGGUGGGUAAUGCGUUUGUGGUUGAGUAACGAAAAAAUCCCUUGUUUUUGUACAUAAGCGAACCACUGUUCUGUACAACACAACGAAACGUGUCGAUAAAUGUAAAUAUAACGUAUGAUAUUCAUAUUCGUCUUAGACGUUGUUGCGCGGACGUGGAAAUUUAGAGUUGUGCACACGCAAAUGAAAUUGUGAUAUUAACACGUAUAAGUUAUUUGUAAACACACCGAUCGCCGGCGCAGCUGUGACAGAGAUUUAUAUAAAAUAGUCAGGGUUGGCGGGCGUUCUACUUUCACGCUCGCAGUUCGCAUUUGAAUUUGAAAUUAUAAAUAUCCCAGCUGAGCGUGCGAAAACCUGUCGCGCCUACCUUUAAAGUGAGCAAUAAAAUAAUGGCCACAUUGGAAAUUAACUCUUUCAAACACCGUUUGCAACACGCAAUCAAACCGCACAGCAUGCCAUUCCAGUAUUUGCGGAGAUAAUUUACAAAUCAGAACGACCGUACCUGUGCCAUGAUUAAAUGUGGCACACCUUUUUACUGACAAUAGAAGGAAAGCAAACAGCAGGAUGAAACACAUUUUCAUUUCGAAGAGCGUUAGAACAAACAGCAGAAGGGUGAUAAAAGAUGCGUACAGUGAAAAAACGAUUAGGACAGAGGAACGAUUAGGAAAGUGGCGCAAAAAGGCGAAGGCUGUUAUUUGCUCAUAGGUGUUAUGUAUGCUCCAUCUAGUCAAAAGCACAUUAGAAACAAAAUGCACAUUGAAUUGAUGAUUCAAUCAUACCUAUCGGACGAUUGUGCAUUGAUUAGAAAACUCGAAUGAAUACUCUGAGCGCUAGAAAGGGGAACACUAUAUGUCUUUUUUUUUUUGUAGAAUAGAUGCUGCCAGCACCAAUCAUUCCUACUACUAACGUAUACAGGUAAAGAGACUGAUGAUGAGAUCUUGCAUAUGGAAGGGAAUUAAUUUGAUUAACUAAAUCUGUCACUAUUAGUUUACCCCAUUUCCACUACUACGCCUUGACUUUUGAAGUCUGACAACUAUCCACUCAAUGAAUUCUCGCUAGAAAUAAACGCAAUCUAAGGUUUCUUCAUCACUUAAACAAAACAGUACAGGUAGCACCAGUAUGAAGAACGGAGCAUUUAAUACAACGCACUCAACUUGCUAUCGUAAUAGGUAAACAUAGAUGCAAUAAAAUCGGUUACUAUAGUUAGUAAUAAACUGAUCCAGUUCGUACUAAAUUUCAAACCGCUAACGGAAGGUUGUUGGGUUUUGUCAGCAAUAGAUAUCAAUUGUUAAAACAUAAAGAGCAACGUGGUAGCACAGCAUUUUUAAUCUAUACAAUAACAGCAAUAGCAGGAGGCAGAUUUUAUUCUUUCGAAUAAUGGAGUUUAAAACGGAAAGAACGGAUUUCAACGGCUAUCCAUCCGUGUAUCCUAACGUUGUUGAUAACUUAUUGUUUGGCGAACCGUUUCGCACAGAACUGAGUAGAAGAAACUAAAUGAAAUCGGAGCUAAAAGGUAUCCUACUUUUUAUUUUUUAGAAAAUAACUCAAACUGCCCUAACUGAAGUAUUUGUUAGCGAAAUGUAGUCUAUUCAAUUGUAAUAAAUCAGGCAGCAGGAACAUCCUGUUUCAAAAAGUAAACAUUA